CUUGCCACUGACCAUGCCCGCCUACCAUUCCAGCUUCAAUGAGUCGCCCGACAUGCAGCAGGUCGGCAACCUCGCCGUGCUGCCCAUCAAGACAAAAGUGCGAGGGCCAGCGCCGUUAGCCGAUCCGAACCAGCCAGAUAUUGUCGACGAAGCGAUCGACCUCUUCCGCGCCAACUCGCUCUUCCGCAACUUCGAGAUCAAAGGCCCUGCAGACCGCCUCCUCAUCAUCCUUAUCCUCUUCAUCUCCGACUGCCUCGCCAAGAUCGGCAGCUCGCGGACACCGCCGAGCCAGAUAGAAGCAUCUAAGACACUGAACACUCUCGCUGUGGACUCCUUCCCCAUUCCCGGCGAUGCGAACUUCCCCUUGAAUGCCCACUAUGCACCCCCGAACAACAGGCAGGAGGCCGAGUUUCUGCGGCAGUAUCUGACCCAGGUCCGGCAGGAGCUGGCUGCGCGUAUGGUCGAGCGACUGUACGCCGACGGGACUGGCAAGCCAAACAAGUGGUGGAUGUCGUUCCAGAAGAGGAGAUUCAUGAACAGGAGUCUAGCAUGA